CGAGAGAGGAGGAGGAGGAGGGGCAUGGAAGCGCGCUAAGCCAAUAGGAAGGACCGUUACUGGCAGGCGCCCCGUGGCUCCAGUGCGGGAUGGUGAAGAGGGGCCGUCGUGUACCGGUAGCAAAGAAGGACCAGCUCACAACAGUGCAAUGCUCAAAGAUAUUUCUGGAAAGACUUUUCGGCUUCUUGGUUAUACCAUUCAGUACGGAUGCAUAGCUCAUUGUGCUUUUGAAUAUCUUGGAGGAAUUGUUGUGUGUUCAGGACCUUCCAUGGAGCCUACAAUUCAAAAUUCUGACAUUGUGUUUUCUGAGAAUCUUAGCUGCCAUUUUUAUAACAUUCAGAAAGGUGAUAUUGUUAUUGCAAAGAACCCAAAUGAUCCCAAAUCAAAUAUCUGUAAAAGAGUAAUGGGCUUGGAAGGUGAUAAAGUCUGUACAAGCAGUCCUUCAGAUUUUCUUAAGAUCCAUAGUUAUGUACCUAAAGGACAUGUUUGGUUAGAAGGUGAUAAUCUCAGGAAUUCUACAGAUUCCAGGUGUUAUGGUCCUGUCCCAUAUGGAUUAAUAAAAGGGCGCAUUUGCUUUAAGUUAUGGCCUCUUACUGACUUUGGAUUUCUACGUGCAAGUCCCAACAGUCACAGGAUUUAUAACGAUUAAGUGAAUUGUGCCCAGUUAUUUAUUCUCAUUUCUUUAUCACCUCUGGGGAAAAUAUGUAUUUUUCUAUACAAUAAACAAUAUUAUAUGUUG